AUGCGAAAACAUUGCCUCAUCGCGUCGCUGGCGCUUGUCUGCCAUCUGACCAUUGUGACGGCCAGAUCGGGCGAGGAUCAUUGGGUUUGGCGCACCUACAACCGCAAGGAGCGUGCAUUCAAAGAAAACGAACGCAACGCAAACCAGAAUCAGCAGAGACGUGAGCCAACUACCAGAAGACCGCUGCCUGGUGAGCCGGAGAACGAUGAGAUCGAAGACUAUGUGGACGUUGAGCCCACAACAACCACUGCACCCAAUGUGGGCACGCGUCAGUUCAACCCCUAUCCUAAUCUAAAUCCCUAUGGCGGAUUUGGGGGACAGCCCGCGAAUGGUGGCCAAUUUCCGGGCAUUGGCGGCGGCUUUGGUGGCGGCAAUCCAGGCGUGCUGGUCGGCCCUGGUGGCCCUACGGGAUACAGACCGCCGCUAUAUCCCAAUGCCUAUCAGCCUGGCAACAUUGGAUUUGGUGGUGCGCAGAAUGGACUGGGACUAGGUGGCUAUCCAGGCAUCUAUGGCAGUGCGUCUGCGGGUGCGGGUUACCCGGGCCUGGGUGCCGGUGCAGGUUAUCCAGGUGUGGGCGUGGGUGGCGGUGCAAAUGCCGGCACAGCCUAUCCGGGCGGACAGCUCGGCGGAGGACUAGGCUUGGGUCAGUAUCCAGGCGCUGGCAACCAAUAUCCAUUUGGAAGCUAUCCAGGGACAGAGACAAAUUACAACCAGUUUGGAGCGCCUGGCGGACAAUAUCCUGGCCUGGCACAGUAUCCGGGCAAUCAGUAUGCCGGACCACAGUACACAGAUGGCUAUGGCUUAGCUGCUGGCUUUGGCCUAGGCCAGCCCGGCCUGGCACCCACGGGCUAUGGCGGCAACUUCGGAGUUGGGGGCUUUGGCUACGACGAGAAGUCGCUGACGCCGGCCGAGGGCAAGAGUGCCAAGAGCUCAGCCAGUUCCCCAGCGACGGUAAAUGAUAAGCUCAGUAAGAAUAUUUAG